GCAUUUUCGCCAGCACACUUUGGCCUAUCGUCGUCGCAUUGAGUCUUCGCGUCGAAUAAACAGUCAUGGCACCGGCCUCUUUGCUAGACCUCGUGUCUGCGCUUCCAUCCACUGAAGGAUGGGGCCCGCCAGUGUCUACCGAAACCACGCUCGACGGCGUUCCAUAUGCACCGUAUUCGAAAGCGGAUAAGUUGGGACGCAUGGCUGAUUGGACUGAGGGCAAGGACCGUGAUGCAAGAAGACAGCAGUAUGGAAGCAGGGCCUACAGAGAUCAACAAGUUUACGGUGCCAACCAGCAGAGCAAUCCUUUCGCAAUUCAAGCAGCCGAGGAAGAGGCUACUUUCUCACUUGUAGACAAUACGAGGGCAUCUAACAAGACUCGAACCUUUGGUCGUGGUGGCACUCAGGUCUUCCGUGGACGGACUCAGCGCGGAGGCGUGCAGCAACAACGUGGUGGCCGUGCUACAUACCAAAGAGUUGGCCAAGGCCGGACUGCUGGACUACAAGACCGAUCUCGCAACCCAAGAGGGGGUCGAAGAGGAGGCUAUAGGGAUGAUAAGCCUCAGCGCAAUCGUGACGCAUCUAUACAAGUCAAACCGGACUGGAACCUGCUCGAGGAGAUUGACUUCGCUCGUUUGACGAAGUUGAGCUUAGAUACGCCAGAUGGUGAUGACAUUGAUAGUUACGGGUUUCUGUACCAAUACGACCGCUCGUACGACAAGCAGCCUGGCGCUAAAACGUCUGAGAAGAGGCUCAAUGUCCUUGAACGUGCUGCAUACAACGUCUCCACCUCAAGCGAUCCUAUCAUCCAAGAACUUGCCGAGAAGGAAGAGGGCACAAUUUUCGCUACCGAUAGUAUACUUUCAAUGCUGAUGUGCGCACCAAGAAGCGUCUAUCCAUGGGACUUAGUCAUCACGAAGACUGGAGAGAAAGUAUUCAUCGACAAGCGGGAGGGCUCGACGGUCGAUAUGGUCACCGUAAACGAGAACGCGGCAGAUGCUCCCCUGGAGACGUCUGAGGGCAACAAAGACAGCAUAAAUAGCCCAAGUCAGCUUAUGCUUGAGGCUACGCACAUUAAUCAGGUCUUCCCAACUCAAGUUGUGAUCGAGAAUGACAGUUCGAGAAGAGACAUGCCAAAUGAACAUCCGUUCUACAACGCGGCAGAAGAGACAGAUCCACCGGCCUCGAAAGCCUACAAAUAUAGGAGAUUUGACCUGUCUUUGGCGUCAGACGAGGAGCCACUUAAUCUCAUUGUUCGUACGGAGCUCGAUGCUAUUACCAAGAACACUGUCAAUGGUGAAGAUCAAUUCUUGACCAUCAAGGCGCUCAACGAGUUCGACUCCAAAGCACAAGGCAGCGGUGGCGCUCUUGACUGGCGAUCGAAGCUGGCGUCUCAACGUGGAGCCGUUGUAGCCACUGAAAUGAAGAACAACAGCUUAAAGCUUGCUCGAUGGACAAUACAGAGCAUCCUCGCCAAGGCAGAUAUGAUGAAGUUAGGAUUUGUCUCUCGUGUCAAUCCUCGUUCGGCCCAAGACCAUGUCAUCCUAGGCGUUUUGGGGUACAAACCUCGUGAAUUCGCCGCGCAGAUGAACCUCAACAUUGCUAACGGAUGGGGCAUUGUACGUACAAUUGUGGAUAUGGUGCUCAAGAUGGGCGAUGGAAAAUAUGUCAUUGUCAAGGACCCCAACAAGAAUGUUCUGCGGUUAUACGCCGUGCCGAACGAUGCGUUCGAUGAAGAAGGAAGCGUUGCUGAGAAGGACACCACCGUCGCCGACGAUGAUGAAUGAGAAAAUUUAUGCCAGGUCUAGUGAUUAUAGAAAUGAAAAUGGAUGCUUGUUUGGGGUGUGGCCAAAUCUAUCAUCGCGAAGUAUUGGCGGUACCGGAGCUCUCUCCUCGAAGUCCGUACAAUCAGCAUAGGCUUUCUGUUCUAUCAUUUAAUUAGCGUUACGCGAUGUCACUCGAAGCUAGAGUGGCAGCACUAUGGAAGAAUACGACGGAUUGAGAUAGAGAUGAGCCUGAAAUAUCUAAUCAUGCGCCAAUUUCCUUCCACAAGAAGUCAUGUUCGAACGUGGACUUUCGACAGCUUGACUCCAACAAUCUCUGAUGUAGUUGCUAAAUGAAUACGG